AUUUGGUGUGAACUACGUCAUCACGCACUGAUUUUUAGCCACAAAUCCGUUUGGUGGAAACACUCCGCUGGUGGGAAAAUGCGCAUAUUUUCUUUAUGCUGAUUCUAGAAAAUUCGCAUGAAAAACUGUUGCUAAUUGGAUGGAAACUUAGCUACUGAUUCAAUUGAUUAAGGAACUUGUUGGGAUGGGGAGGAGGUGAUGGAGGACUGCCUCCUUGGUUACUAAGUAACGUAACCAUACAAACACUACCUCCAACAGAUCACAAUGCGGAAGGGCUUGAACUCAAAAGCAACCAGUGGAAAGUUAGCAAUCACCUCAGUUGCUCUUCAAGACCAUAUCGCACGAAACUUACUGCUUCAGAAUUUGUCACUGUGUGACCCUGUGAAGACAAGAUGGUGCCUAAGAGCCGCCACUGAAACACACUGCAAACGAAACCAUGGAACUGUGAAACAGAAAGGGCCCCAGCAACACGAUGGAGAGGAGAAAGAGUAUGUGCUUGACCCAGCAGCUCCACCACUGACAUUAGCCCAGAAAUUGGGUUUGGUGCAGUCCCCGGCCAGAAAACUGACGGUAGAUGAAUGGAGUCGGGUCAAGUCGAGGUCUAUUCAUGAAGGGGACUCCAAGCAGCCCUGUGUGAUCUGCAGGGAGGAGUUUCGCUUACAGACUCAGGUUUUGCUCUCCUGCUCCCAUGUGUUUCACAGAGCCUGUCUGCAGGCUUUUGAGAGGUUUUCAGGCAGGAAGUUCUGUCCUAUGUGCAGGAAGGAGCAGUAUGAGACCAGAGUGAUCCACGAUGGAGCUCGCCUUUUCAAAGAGAGGUGUGCCAUCAGAAUUCAAGCGUGUUGGCGUGGCUAUGUUGUUCGGAAGUGGUACGGACAUAUGAGGAAAACAGUUCCCCCAAAAGACAAACAGCUACGACGAAGAUUCUUUGAGACAAAGUUGCAGGAGUUGAAUGACAGCUUUGUCCAAUACUGUCAUACGGACGUAGAGGCUUUCCUGAACGAUAUCGACCAGUCGGUGUCAUCGAGCAGAAGAGUGUUCCGUCAGUUUGAGAGAGAGCACGUCUCGGAGCCGCAGGAAGACGACUGGCAGAAAAUACAGGAAAAGGUCAUCCAGAGAGAUACACGGGACUGUCCCAUCUGUCUCACCGCUCUGUGCAGCGCCAGACUCGAGACGGAGGCAGGGAGGACACUCGCCCAACACCACAGCAGACGUACUGUGCUCUUGUCCUGCUCACACCUCUUCCACCAGCCCUGCCUGGAAGCCUUCGAAGCCUUCUGUGUGGAGGGCCGACCUACAUGUCCUCUGUGCAGGUCUCCCUACCACAAAAUACUGGUCUGACCUCAGAAUAGUUGAUAUAUAACUUCAUAAUAGGAAAGAUAGUCGGAUGUAAGUAAAACAUAUACACACCCCUACGUAUUUAUUUGGACAAUGCAGCGAAAACUUUUAAUUUGGCUCUAUACGCCAGUAUUUUGAAUACGAUCAAAUAUCUUAUUUUAGUGUAUCUAUAUACAUGUUUCACUGUUAAGAAAUUGAAGUACUUUGUGUCUAGUCCCCCCAUUUGAAGGUGUCAUAAGUAUUUGGACAAAUUCAAUUAGUGUAUUAAAAUGUCAAAAGUUUAGUAUUUGGUUGCAUAUUUCUAGAACACAAUGACUACAAAUGUUUCAGAUUAUGUUAUGCCCAAUAAAUUAAUGGUAAAUAAUGGAA